AUGGCACAACGCAACAUAUACGACAACCCUUCCUUCUUCUCUGCUUAUCGCGGCCUCAAGGACGGCGAUACCAAGCAGGGGACUGUAGGAGGAGGACUUACACACGACGACCUCACCCGGAUUUUACCUCCUCUGAAAGACACAUCGAUCCUCGACCUCGGAUGCGGCGACGGCUGGUUCAGCUACUGGGCAGUGACCUGCGGCGGGGCGGCAAAGGUCAAAGGACUUGACUCCUCGAUCCUUCAGAUUAGGGCGGCCCAGAGCACUGCCGCCCGCCUCGGAGAUGAUCAGGCCAAUCGAUUGACUUACCAAAUCGCGGAUCUGAACACCUUGACACCGGUGAAGAACACCUACCAUAUCGUGUUCAGCUCCCUCACCCUACAUUACCUCAGAGAUCUGAAGGGCUUGAUGGAGUCGAUCUUCGCGUCAUUGAAGCCUGGAGGCAUGUUCUACUUUACGGUCGAGCAUCCCAUCUACACGGCCCCGACGCAUAGAGAGGUAUGCACACAUCCAGCCACGACAAAGACUGCCAAGGACGGCGAGGGCAGACACGACGCGGAGACAGCUGCUCCGGCAGCUGAUGCACACUGGCGACUCAACGGAUACUGGGACCAGGGACCACGCACGCACUACUGGCUGGGUCACGAGGUGGAGAAGCAGCACUGGAAGAUGGAGACCUACGUCAACUCCCUGGUGGGCACUGGGUUCGAGCUGGUCUACAUGCACGAGUGGCCUCGCGUUGACGACGGCAAGCACAAGGCCGAGUCGUGGUGGCUGCCCACAGAAGUUGGACCAACCUAUUUGAUGUUGGGUGCCAGAAAGCGAGAGGAUUAG